CGGCGCGGGUCUCAUCUGACUUGCCUGCUCCCACCAAUGCUUCUCACCUGAUAGUAGGAAGAGCAGCUGUCCACAUUGUUGUCGUCAUACUAAAUGACUCCCCAAAUGAGGCGACAUGUAUAGAAUGCCUUUACCCCAGACUUUUAAGCCACUCCGUGGGAGUGCUACGACUGUUGUUCACUCUAGUGUGAUCCUCCAUGGAUAGUAAUAGAGCUUCAUGACUUCACCAUGGGGAUAUGGGAUGACGGUGAGGAUCCAGAACCGUUUCCGAUGAGGAACCCGAACCUGGCUAUGGUCACUAUAGACCGUCCUGCAGCUCCAGCACCACCAGGAACUCCAUCGCCUCCAGCAUCAAGACGGCCAAGUGCACCCGAGCACCCAUUAACGGAGCCCUCUUCAGAUCCAAAUCUGGCCAACCCCCGUCUUAUGAUCAACAGAGCAUGUAUCUACGAACGCCAAUUACCGGGAAAUGCCUACAUUACGGCUCACGUGCAGCGUUUGCAACACGGGUUUUACUCGAGCUCAGCCGUUUCUGAUCAAGACCUCGACCAUGUUGACUUCCUAGGUAUCAAUUUCGUUUUCCACUCCCCUAACACCCUUACGCAUCGCUUCAAGGCAGCGACCAUCCGAGCCUCGAUCCACAGCAUGCGAGAAAUUUCCAAGCCCUCCACUGUGUCACAAAACCCUCAUACCUACCGGUCCAGAAACCCACGAUUUCUCAAACACGCACCACACCUCCUGUAUGGGUCUGUCUCGCCCGAGACGCUUCAAUGGAACUACAGUCUCUCUGGAUCGCUCGGUGUAGCUGAGCUACCCCUCAUGGCCAGCAUCUCCCCGUCUGGCGGCAUGAACGGACGGUACCGACGGUACGAGAUGAUGAGAAUCCAGGGCUCAGUCCGGUCAUUGAAGAGCCCACGCGGGCGAAAGUUUGACGUCGAGGCAGGGGAAAUUGUUUGGUCGCUGGAGGAAAACAAUUUGCAGCGCUCUGGCCUGCCACGAGAAUUUACAUUUGCCAUGUUAAUCCAGAAACCGCGCGCCGACAGCCGAAUCCAACUCGUGCUGGAUAUCGAGCCGGUCCUUCAGUGCAGCUACUUCAACUACCCGACAUGGUGGCUGGAUCUCCCGGCGUACAAACCGGUACCUCGACGGUCAGUAGACUUUCGAGUCGAAAUCGGACAGCGCUUUGAGCCCCUCACGCCCAAUAAAGGAUUCAACUUCGCUACCCUGGAGAGCUCGUUUGAUGAUUAUGUGCACAUGCCAGGAAGAAAAGUUACCACCGGGAUACCCCUGGAAGGCGGAAUUGCUCAAGACGACAACGAAGUCCGGCGUGAAGUCACCCGAGAUUUCUCCAUGGUCGAACCCGUCCGGGGGAUCCCCCGAGUGCCAUACACAGGAUCAACGCCCGCCGGGGCCGCAGGUAAAAUGUCCGGAAAUCGGAACGGAGUUAGCAACAUGCUACCUGUUCUCGAUCCGGGGUCUCUCUCCGUGCGGAUCCUGCUCGACAACAGCCACGGGCAUAGCAGCCAGCUGGCGUCGCAUAUCUCCGCCCUGCGGUCGAACAGCAACAUUGCGAAAGAACGAGAUAAGAUGCAGGAUCAAGCACCUCCUCCAUCCUCCGCGACUAUCCGAGAUAAACAAUCAUCGACGCAACCCAAGAAAGUGCAGAUCACGCAAAGCGUGUCGGAUAACCGAAUCAUGAAGCGCGGUCGAGGCAACUAGAUAGUGUUGCCUUUACACACGCCCCCCUUCCUUCCUUCCCAGCAUCCAGAAAGUAUAUUUUAUGCUCUGCUUUUAAUGAAUAUAUGUACAAUAGACUACAGCAAUGAUACCCCUAGCAUACAAGCGACGUGGGACCAAGCUCCUAACCCCGGUAGAAACUCAAAUCCAUGCGAACGAGAAAGACCCCAGAUAAGGGCCCC